GGCUAUAAAAACAGCAGCAGCGUUUAGGUGCAUUACACCUGCAGAUAUUUCACGAACAGACUGCUGCAAACUGAUUUAGGUACAAUAUGAAGUUCCUCGCUUACUUCAUGCUCCUCAUCUCCGCAGGUCAUGCAGGCUUGCUAAGGACAAGACAAAUUUGGCCGCAGGUGUGUGACAUCUCUCAGUGCCCGGUCCCGCCGCACGCUUGUCAUUACGGCAAAGUGAAGGACGCUCGCGGCUGCUGCGUGGUGUGCGCGGCCGGAGAGGGAGAAGUCUGCGGGGAGCGUAGCAGUGGCCACCUCUCCUGUGGUAACGGGUUACGGUGCGACUCUGGCCCGGGGAAGGCCGGUGGGUUCCACAGCCUGUGCGUGUGCGCCUCUUCCGGCCCGGUGUGUGGCAGCGACGGCAGGACGUACCCCAGUAUCUGCCGCCUGAGAGCUGAGAACAGGAGAGCCGAGCUCGGAGAGACCCCCUCGGUGAUUUUAACGCAGAGGGGUCCGUGUGACUCUGGGGUACAGCAUCCAGGAAGUAUGCGCUACAAGUUUAACUUCAUUGCAGAUGUGGUGGAUAAGAUUGUCCCAGCUGUGGUCCACCUGGAGCUUUUUCAAAGAGUACCAUAUUCCAAUGAGGAGGUCUCUGUGUCGAGUGGAUCUGGGUUUUUAGUGUCAGAGGAUGGGUGGAUUGUCACAAAUGCUCACGUGCUUACCAACAAGCAGCGGAUAAAAGUUGAGCUGAAAAGUGGUGUGCAUUAUGAUGCUGCGGUCAGAGAUGUGGAUCAGAAGAUGGACAUUGCGCUCAUCAAAAUCGAACCAGAUGGUCCCCUGCCUGUGCUGCGUCUCGGCCAGUCCUCAGACCUGCGUCCAGGUGAAUUUGUGGUGGCAGUAGGAAGCCCCUUCUCCCUGCAGAAUACUGUGACCACUGGCAUUGUCAGCACUGCCAAUCGCAACGGCCUGGAGCUGGGCUUCAAGGACUCUGACAUGGACUACAUCCAAACUGACGCCAUCAUAAAUUACGGAAACUCUGGUGGACCGCUUGUAAACUUGGAUGGAGAGGUAAUAGGCAUAAAUACUCUGAAAGUGGCUGCUGGAAUCUCUUUUGCCAUCCCUGUGGACAGAAUACGUCAUUUUCUUGCUGAUUCCUACAAGAGACAAACCAGUGGAAAUUCACCACUAAAGAAAAAAUUAAUCGGUAUCCGCAUGCUGCAGCUCACACCAUCUUUAAUACGGGAUCUCAAGGAACGUGAGCAUGAAUUUCCAGAUGUGAGCUCAGGGGUUUACAUCUAUGAGGUAAUACCUGGAACAGCUGCAUCCAGCGCAGGUAUGACUGAUCAUGACGUCAUCAUCGGCAUCAAUGGACGGCCUGUCCGCACCACUCGGGAAGUGAGCGAUGCUGUCAGGCACAGCACCACGCUCUCUGUGGUGGUAAGGAGAAAGGAUGAGGAUGUUACGCUAACGAUCAUCCCUGAAGAGACUGACUGAUAUCACUGUCUACAAGUAGCUGGGUUUCCAUCCAAAUGUAGUGCACAUUUCAAAAAAGCAGAAGUAUAAGAAUUAUGAGUGUUAAAAUGUUAUUACCUUUAGUUUCAUGAAUUACUUUGAGGAUGGUUACAGUUUCCCUAUCAUGUAAAAAAAUGUAAGUGUAAUCUUUUUUUUUUUAUGCUUUACUUUCAAGAUUGUUGGAAUUCUUUUGUUCUGAGGUCUUUAUGUACAAACCUACAAGAGCAAAGAGUUGAAUAUAAGCCACAAAUAGGAAAUCAGCAUCAGUGACACCAUCUUUUAUUUUAAUUUUUAAAGAUAAUUUUCCUCAGCUGUUAGUCGGUCACACAGAAAGCACAGAAAACCGAUUACAUCAUCAGAGGUACAAUUGUAAAUUUCUACUCUCAAGACAUGAAGCCACAAGACUGAUCCUGUUGUGGCUAACUAAAGUCACCACAGCAUACUGCUCAUAAUUUACAGCACAUGUCUAUUUUGCUCCAACUAUUUAAUAGAAAGCAGCAAGAAGGAAAUGACAACUAAAGUAAAAUUAGACAGAUUAGAUUAAUCUCAGUCUAUGCAGGGAGGACUGGAUUUCAUUGCCCAGAUUUUCAGAAACAUAUUUCUGAUUUUCACCUCCCCCCACAAGUCGAUUUGUGCUCCUCACACCUUGAAAAAUAAUGUUUCUGCACCAUCUUCUGUGAGCAGAUAGCGUACCUUUUAUUCUGGAUAAUCCACAGGUAUCACAGUGAAGAGUUACAAAUGCUCCUGACAGCGUGUUCUUGUGAUUUAUUCAGAGUAAUAAGGAUGCUGGUCCUUUUUGUAUUGUCAGCCCAUACUCCAUUUACUGUUUUCUGUGCGUGUUCCAAGUCAGAGUCACUAAACUCUCUAUGCUCAACAAUGGUGGAAUUUGUUUCAGCCUCAUGAAUGAAAGAGAUGUGAAUUUGUAAGGUGUCGUGCUGAGUGUCAUUAACAUCAUUUCCUGCUCUACUUUGUAGGCAAAUUUUAUUCUCCAGAAAUUUUACAGCAAAAUAAGAUAUAAUAAAUGUAGCUGCAUCAAUGCUGCGAGAGGACCUGAAUCAGUAUGAGAGUGUGUAGGUGUCAAAUAUUUUAUAUUAGCACAGUUGCCGGGGAUACCAUCUUAUCAAAGUUGUAAUAUUUUAGUUAUUUUUAAUUACUUUACUCAUAUUUAGAUCAAAUUCAUUCAGAUUAAAACCUAUUUGGUCAUAGCAUGCGGCUGUUAUUGUAGCAAAAGUAUCUGUGUGUGCGCAAAACUAUUUGUGUGUGCAUAACUCAAUUUUGCAUGUGUGUAUUGCGAUCUGUGUGGAGAUUUGUGUGUGUUUUGCGAUCUGUGUGUGCAUAUUCAGAGCCGUGUGUAAUCAGAUUUGUAAAUGUGUAAAUAAAUCUGCAAGCGUGCAUCGAUAUUAAUGGUUAAAAUGUUGAAUCACUGGAAAUACACACAAGUUGUCAGCUACAAGUCACCCAGCUUUUCAACUGGCUCUCUUUUCACACGACUUUUGCUACACUUCAGCGAUUUGUCUGGCUGGCUCACGUGGACAGAUCAGUGGAUUGCCCACAUGCUUACUGUAAGUACCUGUUUCUGUUUGUUCAA